CAUCGAUGCCGGCGCGCAGCGGGCGAUAUAGCGCCGCCGCGACGUAUAGAGCUAGGCAUACAUCGCCAGCAGCAGCGCAUAGAUCAUAGCAGUCAUCCAACAUCGUAAACAGAGGGCUGGGCCGUGACUAGCUGCAGCUAAACAGCAUGGCGUCUGGAUUUAGCAUGUCCCUGGGCGCCGCGCCGCCAGUGUCAAAACCGAAGAUAGGAAUAGCAGCCUUCGGCGACGCCGCAAUUGACGACGACGCGCCGCCGCCGCCGCCGCGCGACCUCGUCAUCCCGCUGACCAAAAACCCGUGGAAAGCUGAUCCGGGCACGCCGCCCCGCGAAACAGAUGACUUGGACGAGGCCGCGGCGGCGGCCGUGAUCGCCGAGGGCAUCUCCGUGACGCGAGAGAAGAAGGACCUGGUCAUUGCGGGACCCGCGCCACAGGAAGAGACGAAGCAACCCUUACUCAAGGCGGCGAUGCUCCCUGGGUUAAAUGAGCUCGAGAAUGAUGAUCAACGAUUUAAAAGAGAUUUAGAAAUGAGGGCGGACGACGUGGACGUCACGGGUGACGCCUAUCGAUCUGUGAGGAUCGAGGAGUUCGGGAGAGGCAUGUUGAGAGGUAUGGGCUGGGCGGGGUUCACGGAGGACGACGAGAAGAGAUUUGCGGACCCCGUGGCGCGGCCGCGCGGGUUGGGGCUGGGUGCGGCCCCGAAGCCCGCGGAAAUUUAUGAUCGGCGAGGGAGACUAAGGGAAGGUAGGACGGCGACGAACAAGGACGCGGAUAAGCAGUGGCUCGGGGCCCAGAAGAAGCAGGCUACGGAGGAAGUGGUUGCUUUGCGGAGCGGCGACAUUGUCCGCAUAGAACGACCUAGAGGAGACCGGACGCUCGACGAAGACUUGGUUGGUAGGAGGGCUAGAGUGCAAGCUCCCUCGGAUGCCGCAAGGCCCAACCAUUCGAGAGUGGUCCUGGAGAGGUCGGGCGAGGUGCUUUGUAUACCUCAAAGAGCGUUACGGAAAGAUACUUCUACCAAGCCCUUCCGCGAGGCCGAAAAGCGGAAGCGCGCCUCUCAGAAAGAGUCGACGAAGAAGAAGGCCCGGAAGGACGAGCCGCCCCCGAAGCCGUGGCUUGUUGCCGGUAUAAGGGUGAGAGUGGGUAGAGACGGCGACCCGUUAUUCAGAAAGAAGGGUAGAGUAUUAGACGUCUUGUUGAGCGCGGACGGGAAGAGGAGGGCGACCCUGGCGUUGGACGGCGGCGGUAGGGUGGAUGAGCCGGGGUACAAGGAGAGGUAUCUCGAGACCGCGCUCCCGAAAGACGGCGGGCCCGUGCGCUGCGUCUUAGGUGAUAGAAUGGGCGCGCACGGCGUGCUGGUCGGUAGGGACCGGAAGAAGGAGACCGCCACGAUUCGGUUCGACGACGAUGAUGUUAUAGAGACGGUGCCGAUGGACUUCGUGGCCGAGUGGUGCGGCGGCGACGUCGAUAUGAUGUAA